CGGUGCUCGGGGGAUGCGCUGAGAGUGGUGCGGGCCUCGGGGGGCGCCUCGAGAAGCUCCUCGAGAAGCCCCGGCAGGAGGGUUGGGCGCCUUCGGCAGAGAGGAUGAAGGAAACCUGCCGGAUCUGUGCCCGCGAGCUGUGCGGCAACCAGCGGCGAUGGAUCUUCCACACGACGGCCAAGCUCAACCUCCAGGUGCUGCUCUCCCACGUCCUGGGCAGGGAGCUGUGCCGCGAUGGCAGAGGCGAGUUCGCGUGCAGCAAGUGUGCCUUCAUGCUGGACCGCAUCUACAGGUUCGACACGGUCAUCGCGCGCAUCGAGGCCCUCUCCAUCGAGCGCUUGCAGAAGUUGCUGCUGGAAAAGGACCGCCUCAAGUUCUGCAUUGCAAGCAUGUACCGCAGGAACAAUGAAGAGCCCGGAGCGGAUGAGAAAGCGGGAGAUGGAACUGUGGACCUUUCUAACCUGCCUGACGCGCGGUACGCUGCCCUCCUUCAGGAGGACUUUGCUUAUUCUGGGUACGAAUACUGGACGGACCAAGAUGAGCACGGCCUGGAGCCUCACAGCUGCCAUGCUUUGGAGGGAGCUGCCAGCCGCCCGCGGCGGUGCCGGGGCUGUGCCGCGCUGCGUGUGGCCGAUGCCGACUAUGAAGCAAUUUGCAAAGUGCCACGAAAAGUGGCCAGGAGCAUCUCCUGUGGGCUGUCCAGCCGAUGGUCAGUGAGCAUGGGCAAUGAGGAGUCGUCCGUAUGUGACCCGGCGGAGUCUGCUGGCGCCAGAGGGCCUGUGGAUGGGGAGAGCAUGGAGGAGGGCACGCCUGCAUCCUCUGUUGAGUCCCUGGACACAACAGUGGAGUCCAGCGCUCCGCAGCAGAAGGAUGAAGAUGUGGAUAAGGGAGUGAAGGGGAACGGGAAAUGUGACGAUUUUGCAGAGGACCGCAUCACCCCUAGUUCAUCAUUGAGUGGGAACAGGCUGGAGCUGGCACUCAGCUUGAUCAAGGGGCUAGACUACAAGCCCAUCCAGAGCCCACGAGGCAGCAGGCUGCCUAUUCCUGUGAAGUCCAGCUUGCCUCCCCCCAGGCUUAGCGGUGACUUGGCAGAUGGAAGUGCUUCUGCUGGCUUAGCGUAUGCUGGUUCUGGUUUCCUGAAUGCAGACAGAAAAUCCUUUUCCAGAGCUCCCUUGGGUCUUCCCUUGGAGAUUCCUGAACUUCAAGAGCUGUGGGACGACCUCUGUGAGGAUUAUAUGCCACUGCGGGUACAGAAUCUGCAAGAUGAACAUCAAAAGCCAGCUCCAGGUGAUUCUGCAUCGAGGGAGUGCACAGCCAAUCUGUGUGCUACAGAACCACAGAGCAAAAUCCAGCAAAUUGAAGCUGCCAACCAGUUAUUACAGGAAAAGCUGAAUGAAUUGAAUUAUGAAUUAAAAUCUGCACGAGAAACAUCGCAGAGACAAGAUCAUACAAUUCAGAGUCUGAACGAGGCCCUGAAGAGCAAGGAGAGUGAGACAGAAGAGCUGUAUCAUGUCAUUGAAGGGCAAAAUGAGACAAUGGCCAAGCUGCAGGACAUGUUACACAGAAGCCAGCUGGGGCAGUUGCAGAUGUCAGAGAGCACACCUUCAUCUCAGGAGCAGCAAGUGGCACUGCUUGAUCUUCAGAACACACUUUUCUGCACGCAGCUGGAGGUGCAGAAACUGAAAAGAGCUCAGCGCCAGAAAGAGCAUCAGCUGGUUGAAGCCAAGAGGGCUGCUCAGCUCCUAGAGACCACGGUACAGGAAGAAGAGCAGCAGAGAGAGGCAACCUGGAAACACAACCAGGAGCUGCGUGCUGUGGUACAGCAGCUGCAGGCAGAGCUGCAGGACAAGGCUCAGCAGAUCCAGGCUGUGGAGUGGGAAAAAUGCCGUGAGCUGCAGGCCCAAGAACAGAGGGUUCAGUGUUUGAGUCAGCACCUGGCUCGCAAAGAACAGCUUCUGCAGGAAUCAAGGGAACUUCUGCAAUGCCAGCAAAGCUUGGGCAGGAGCUCUGCAGCCAUGGAUGCUAUGCUGGAGAAACUGCAGCAGAGAGUCAGCGACAGGGAUGCUGCGCUGGAGAGAGCAGUAGAUGAGAAGUUCUGUGCCCUAGAGGAGAAAGAACAAGAGCUUCAACAGCUCCGUCUCUCAAUAAAAGAGCGUGGAGGUGACCUGGAGAGGCUGCGCAACGUCCUGUCCAGCAACGAGGCCACCAUUCACAGCCUGGAGAGCCUCUUGAAAGCUAAAACACUGGAACUAGAGCAGAUGUCGGCAACCUGUGAAAAUCUCCGCUGGCUCAAAGAGGAGAUCGAGGCCAAAUCCUGCAGCAGGCAAAAGGAGCAGGAGGGGAUCAUCCAGCAGCUGCAGACUUGCCUGCAUGACAGAAACAAGGAAGUGGAGGAGCUCACGGCAACUCUGCUGUGCAAGCUGGGCCCAGGACAGAGUGAGGUAGCAGAGGAGCUGUGCUUACGUCUUCAGCGUAAAGAAAAAAUGCUGCAGGAGCUUCUCAGUGAUAGGAACCAUCAAGCUGUGGAGCAUGAUGCUGAAAUCCGGGAGCUGCUGCAGGCCAUGAGCACCAAGGAGCAGUGGAGCAAAGCCACUACUGAGAAGAUGGUGCAUGCUUUGGCUGAAAGAAACUGCGAGUUACAACUCUUGCGUCAGCAUGUGUUGAGGAAGGAGCCUGUCGGGAUCCAGGCGCCUGGUACUGCUCUGCUGAAGGAGGACAGACAACAGCCUGUGCAGGAAAUACUGCAAAGAGCUUGUGGAGCUGCAGACCUUGCUGGACCUCCACAGGAGGACAACACCUGCCUGACAGAAGGAGCAUCAGCGGCAGAACUGGAGAAGGAUCUUGCUGAUGCCAAAGAGGAGCUGGAGCUAAUGGCAAAGAAGGAAAGGGAAAGCAGACGGGAACUUGCUGCUCUCCAGUCCGUUGUGACCACGCAGGAGGAAGAGUUGCAGGUGCAGGCUUCUGAUAUAGAGUCUCUGACCAGAAGCAUCCAGAUCAAAGAGGACCUCAUCAAGGAUCUGCAGAUGCAGCUGGUAGAUCCUGAAGAAAUUCCGGCAGUGGAAAGGCUGACACAAGAAGUGCUGGUACUCCGCGAGAAAGUGGCCAUAGCAGAGUCGAGAGGACAAGAGGCUACUGGAAACAGAAGGCAGCAGUUGUUGCUGAUGCUGGAAGGGCUGGUGGCUGAGAGGAAUCGGCUAAAUGAGGCUCUCCAGGCAGAGAGGCAGCUCUACAGCAGCCUGGUAAAGUUUCACACACACCCAGACAGCGCUGCGAGGGACUGCACUCUGCAGGUGGAGCUGGAAGGGGUCCAAGAGCUCCGGGGACAACUGGAAGAAGCUCUUGGAAGAAGCUUGGAGCGUUUGAGCAGGCUGGAGACACAGGGCCCCAUAGGAGGUCAGGCUGCAGGGACAGAGGUUGGUGAUGCUGACUUUACCAGCACUAAGGAAGAGGUGGCUCACAGCACCGUGACCCAGCAGACUGGUUCCCGGGCUCCUAAGGAAAGCAGAGGCACCGAGAAGAAGAGCACAGCCCCUGCCCCAGCAGAGCAGGAGCUGCGGGCAGAAGAGGAGCUGCGGGAGCUGAAGGCGCAGCUGGAGGAAGCAGGCUUCUCCUCUGUGUCUCACAUCAGGAAAGCGAUGCUGAGCCUGUGCCUGGAAAACGCAGAGCUGAAGGAGCGGAUGGGUGAAGCCACAUCGCUGCUGGAGAGUGGGGAACAAGAGGAGGCUGGGCUGGGCAACCCUCCAUCACCAGAGCCCUGCAGGAUGCAGCGGAAGGGCCGUAGUGUCCUUGGGGAUGGCCAGGGGCUGCUGGCAGAGAGGGGAGCUGUGCCCACCAAGCGCCCUGCGCUGGAGGCACGGUGCCAGGAUGACGCACCCAAGAGACUGUGCCCCAGCAGCCCAGGUGGAGGGGAUGGGAGCCAUGUGGAGGGCAUGGUGCCCUGUGGAAGCUGGCCAGGGCUGGGUGUGGAGCUGCACUCGCAGGUGGCACAGAAGCAGUGCCAGGAGCUGCAGGACAAGCUGGCUGCCUCCGAGGCAAUGGUCCGAGCACAGGCUGAGCAGCUGGAGAAGUACCACAUCCUGCUCCGUGAGCCCCAUGCCCAGCAGCUCAGCAAGCAUGUGCAAGUGGACUUUCAGGACUUGGGCUAUGAGACAUGUGGGCGGAGUGAGACUGAAGCUGACCGUGAUGAGACCACCAGCCCUGAGUGUGAGGAGCCAGAUGUGUUCAGCGAGCCCAGCCUUGGGGAGGAGCUGGGCUCCCCACACCGCUCGGGGCUGCCCAGGGUGGGCAAGGCUGCUCUGAAGGCUGUGGCCCAGCCUGAUGUGGGAACCCUGCGCCAGCACAUCCAGGAUCUUAAGGCACAGCUGCUCAAUGCCAACAAGGUGAUCCAGAGCCUGCAGCGCCGUACGCGUUCCAUCUCUGUUACCAGUGGCUACACCUCAGGCCCUGAGCGGCCCCCGCUGUGCCCCACCGUGCCGGUAUCGCCACCCCACAGCCUCACCGAUGAGGACGAGGGCUGGCAGUCAGACAGCCAUGGCACCCUGUGCCCACAGCGCGACCUGGAGCACCUGGUGCACCGUGUAGCACUCCUCGAGGCACAGCUGCCUCCUGCCAAGCUGGGGGGGGGCUUCCCCAAGGAGCUGCAGUCUGCCACUUGGCCAGGGAAAUACAACUCGCUGAUCCAAGCCCAGGCCCGGGAGCUCUCCCACCUGCGGCAAACGCUGCGUGAGGGCCGUGGAGUGAGCCGCAGCCUGGCCCAACACCUGCACGAUGCCCUGCGCUCCUUUGAGGAGCUCCUUCGCGGCACCGACAUUGACUACUACCUGGGCCAGGGCUUCCGGGAGCAGCUGGCCCAGGGCAGGCAGCUGGCCGAGAGGCUCAGUGAUAAGCUGGGCACCAGGGAUCGACAGGAUGGGGAGGAUAAAUCUAGCCAUGAGCUCCUGGCACUGAGGCUCAGCCGGGAGCUCCAGGAAAAGGAGAAGGUGAUUGAGAGACUGGAGGCGAAGUUGCAGGAGCGAUGUGAGUCACCAGGCAGCAGUCACCCACCCUCUGAGUCGUCCCGCUCUGCUACCAGCACCUCCUUUGUGUCCGAUGUUCUGGAGCCCUGCUCUGAUGGGGAAGCAGCCAGCGAGUGCAGCCAGUGCCCCGAGGAGCCCGCCCGACUCUCAGGCCUCCACUUUGACUCUUUGUCCAAACCCAACAGCGCCCCUCUGCCAGCACAGGCACCCACUCACUCCUUCCUGCCCAUUGGUCACCCUGUGCCCUUGGGCUGCUGCAGGACCCAUGCUUGCUCCCUGGCCAAGGCACAACAGGAGCUGCAAGUGCUCCAGAGGCAGCUGGGAGAAAAUGUGACGCUGCCAACAGCAAAGCCCACAGCCUCGCUGGGCCCCUUUGGAGUGGGCAACAAGCCAGCAGCAUCAGUGUGCCAGCAUGGGGCUCUGCAGAGCUUAUCCAAGCCCCCUGUCCUCUGGGACAUGCCAGCUACUGGCCAGCUUUAUGGGGCACUGCCAUCAGGGUGCUCAAACAGCCAGAAGCUAACAGGGGCAGAACUGCUGGAGGAACACCUGGUGGAGAUCCGCAGCCUGCGCCAGCGCCUGGAGGAGUCCAUCUGCACCAACGACCGGCUCCGGGAGCAGCUCGAACGCCGCCUGGCCUCCACCAGCAAAGCCAGUGGUUUGCCCAGCGACAUCUAUGCUCAAGGGCCAGAGCUGGGGCUGCAGCUGAGCGGAGAGAACCGGGCACUGCGUGAGGACAACCAGACCCUGCGGCUGCAGUGUGACCAGUUCUCUCGAGAGCUGGCACGGGUGCAGGAGGCCCUCCUGGCUGCUUGCUCACGAGUGCGGGAGGCAGAGGCUGAGCUGGGCCAGCGGCGUGGGGAGCACCGGAGGCUGGCAGAGGAGCUCACCAAGCACCAGGAGAGCAUCCGGCAGCUGCGGGAUGAGAGGCUCUCUCUGCAGGAGGACAACAACAGGCUGCAGCACACAGUGACGCUCCUGCAGCAGCAGUGUGAGGAGCACCGCCUGCUCCUGCAGGCCCUGCGCACGGAGCUGCAUGUCUACGAGAGCCUUCCCAGCCCUGCCACUGAGCCCCGUGCAGGCUGCUUCCCAUCUCCUCCCGUGCGGGAUGUUGGCACCAGCUCAGCAGCUCCCUUUUCUUCACCACACUCUGACACUUUCGUGCCCCAGCAUACAGUUGAGCCGUGUAGGGCCAACCUUCCAGUGAAGAAGAGCAAGGUGGGGGCUCAUGUUGUUGGGUGCCUGGACACCUACCGUUCCUUGGAGCAACGCAUCCUGGAGGGGAAGGCGCUGGCCCACGAGUUGACAUGCCUGACACGCCCAGCACUCGGGCCGUCCAGCACAGGAAAGGAGGUCCCGGGAUGUGUAGGCGCAGGGCAUCUCUGGGGCAGUGCCAGCACCCUGCACCGUGUCCUGGAGGAGUGUGCCUCACUCCUCACCACCUUCUGGAGCACCGUGCUGCCCGUUGGCCCUGCUCAGCACCAGGGCAAGCAUGUCUUAUCCCAGGAGCAGGCAUUACAGAGUGAGAUCAUGGCACUGCGUGCCCAGCUCUCCAAGAGGGAGGAUGCUCUGCAGAGCACAGCCAAGCAGCUCCACAGCAUGGCCCAGCUCAAGGACAGCAUGGAGCAGUUCAUAGUCAGCCAGUUGACCAGGACUCACAAUGUGCUGCACAAGGCCAGGACAAACCUGGAGGUGAAGGCCCAGCAAGCCCUGCCUGUUGCGUGAGCCUCGGGCUGAACAAUGGGAGCAAUGUCCCUGGCCACACAAUGGCCCACGCUGGAAGGCUGGAGUGGACAGGGUUCAGGGGUGCCCAGCGCUGCCCCAGGCACUGCAGUUAGUGGGUCUGGGGACCUGUGGCAAUCGUGCGCCCUUCACCUGCCUUUUCUUGGUAUUGCAGCAGCUGGCUUGGGCUUUGCCUGCCCCAUGCUUCACUGCUUGCCCCCUUCCUCCCACUGUGCUCAGAGUGGGGUGCCAUGGCCCUCCAGCCCAAGCACCUCUUGCCCUGGGACUCAGUCUCAUGUGUAACCUUGCUGCAUACCCACCCCCGCUCAUGGAUGUAUGUAUAUAUAUACAGAGAGAGGUAUAGAUAUUGGAGCUGUGUUUCUGGGCCCUCCCUGGGCAUGUCAAGGCUCCAGCAUGGGAGAAAGAUGUAAGAAAUGACACGUUCUGUUCAGUGGCCUGAGGGUCCCCAAUAAAGGUUUCCUUUGGGUCCCAGUGUUUGCAGCACACCUAUCCCUGCUGUGCCCCCUCCUGUAGCCUCCUAGGGACCGAGCGGCUGUCCCAGGGAGCAGCUCUGUGCUGAACUUCCCAGGGGUGCACUGUGGCACAAUGGUCUCACUGUUCCCAAGCACCCCUCCAACACCAGGCCUGCAGCACAGAGAACAAUAAA